CGUGCAGUCAUUAUACGGCAGACAUGGCGACCUUCAUGUGUGUUUAGAGAACACACGUUAUUCGGUUCAUACGGGUUAAGGAUUGUAGUUUUGUGUGUGUUCUCUGUGUUUUCCGUGUUAGUGGUUGUGUAGUUCAUGAUGGCGGUGCAGAAUGGAUGUGUGAUACAGGAGAAAGUUGCUCGGUUGUUGAGCAGGCAGUUUGGAAGACCGGUUCUCAAACCCAACAAAGCUCUGAUCCUCAAAAACGAGGUGGCAAACCGCAAACUCAAAAGAGGAGAGGCGUCCUGCGUGACGGAAAUGGCGUUACUGAUGGCGUGCUGGAAGCAGAGCGACUUCAACACCGCACUCUGCUCGAAUGAAGUGACCGUGUUCUACAGAUGCAUCGAAAAAGCUCAGGCUGAAGCAAGAGAACGAGCAAAGCAGCAAACCCUCGUCCAAGGAGGACGGCUGGUGCCAAAACAGGCCACCAAACUAUUGAAGCGCUACCCAAAUUUGUGAGAGACGUUGACCGACACGGCGACUGCGGGCUGUGAAUCGCCAGACUGGACUGAAAAUGAAGAUUGUUUUGGGUGUAGCUUCACUUUAAAGCUGCACCAGAUUUAUUUAUUUAAACAUCAGAAUCCUGGCAAAGUAAACAACUUUCUAAGCUAGAAUUGUCCAGUGCACUUUUAGUUAUUACUCGUAAAUAAGUCUGUAUAAGCAGCACAAAUCACUGUCUGUCGUCUCUAUGGUGAAGUGAAUCAACAUCUUCGACUCCACACUGCACUCUGUUUGUAAAUGCUUUAAAAUGUUAUUGAUCUUAUUAAAAUGCUUCUGAUUUCAUUUUCCUAACUGGA